ACAUGGUCUGUGUGCUUUCAAUGAGUAUUUCUCCUUCCAUCAGACGACAAAGGAUAUGGCCCGAUUUUUGGCUAUGCUUGUGCAGUUGACGAAUGCGAGAAGAGCCAUUGAGGUCGGCGUGUUCACGGGAUAUUCAGCUCUGGCGGUGCUGCUUGCGAUGCCUGAUGACGGCAAGUUGGUUGCUUGUGAUCUUGACCCCAAAGCGAUGAGUGUUGCGGAACGCUACUUUGAGGCGGCUGGCGUUUUGGAUAAGGUAGAUAUAAGGAUCGGAAAAGCGGCAGAGACUCUACAGAUGCUGUUAGAUCAUGGCGAGGCAAACAGGUACUACGAAGAUGGAGCUGGAGCGAUGGCGCCACAGGAGGAGGAGGAGAAGGGGAAGAAAGGAGGAGGAGGAGGAGGAGAAGAAAGGAGGAAGAGAAGGAGAAGAAGAGAAGGAGAAGAAAAGAGGAGGAGGAGGAGGAGGAGGGGGAGGAGGAGGAGAAAGGAGGAGGAGGAGGAGGGGGAGAAGGAAGGAGGAGGAGGAGGAGGAGGAGGAGGAGAGGAGAAGAAGAAUAGGAAAGGAGGAGGAGGAGGAGGAGGAGGAGGAGGAGAGGAAGAAGAAAAGGAAGGAAAGAGGUGGAGGAGGCUUCACGACAAUGGCAACGGCAGCUUCAUGGGCAGCGACGACGAGGAGGGCUUCUCGAUGAGGCAGCUCGAUGGAGACAGAUGGAGACAACGAUGGGAAGCUCGACGAAGACGGGCGGGCUUCACGACUGCAGCGACGAUGGGCGGGCUAGCGAUGAUGGGCGGCUUCGCGACGGCAGCGACGACGGGCUUCACAACAGGGAAUACCGCAUUCAAAUUUGAACGCGGCAUCAGAGCAGCAGCAGAAGCACAAGGGCAAAAUCCUGCUGACAGCAGCAGCUGCAACAGCAACAGCGAAGGGGAGCAGCAUCAGCAGCAGCAGAAGAAGAAGACGAUGACGAAGAAGAAGAAGCAGAAGAAGAAGAAGAAGAAGAAGAAGAAGAAGAAGAAGAAGAAGAAGAAAAAAAAGAAGAAGAAGCACAAGAAGCCUGCGGGGAGCAACAUUGGCAGAGCAGAGCGGUGGCAGGAGCCGGAAAAGGCAGCGUCAGUGGUGACUGCUGCAAAGAGAAGCAGCAGCACAAGACAAGGAAAUGAGUGUGGGGAGGGUCACAAAGUGGGUGGGGCGGAGUCGGUUGGGCUCUGCAACAAGGAGUUCGUCGGCACGCUGUCCAAAGUCGUGAAACACCACACACAACCGUCGGUCACUGCCCGCUGUCCACGUACCACCGGUGAAAUCCUUGCUGUCAUUCGCAGCGACCACCCGAAAGUGGCAUUGCUCACUGCGUCGCUGGCGAAAUUGAACGACUACUACAAGGAACAGGGUCGUCCGCCAGUUGUUGUGGAUGCGCAGGAUCUUGCUCCCGUUGAUGUGGCUUGUGCGUCGGGGGAGGUCGGUACGUCGUCGACUGGGGCAGACGGAGGGCGGGACACGGGUUUGACGGUGGGAGAAGGCAGCGCUGUAGGUUUUGAUUCGGCAUCGGUUGUUGACAGGGGCGCUCGGGGUUCCAGGGGGCCCGACAUCCCGGAAGAGAUCGCUGAGCACCUGCGGAGUCCUGUUUUGGCUGCAGCUCGCCCACCACGACCUCCAUCGAGUGCACAACAGUCGUCCAUGAAGAACUUCGUAGUGGAUGAGCCGCAGAGCGAGUUCGACCAGGCGGUUGCUUCCUUCUUCUUUGAGAAUGCCAUCGCCUUCAACGCCGCGCGCUCGGACUCGUAUAAGAACAUGGAAAGGAUCAUGAACUCGGCGGCGAGAUCGAGGAAGAUGCUGCGGAUGCCUGGAUACAAUCACCUGAGGACGAAGGCUUUGCCGGCGGAAUACAAAGACGUGGACAAGGAUCUUGACAAGAUCCGCGAUUCAUGGGAUGUCACUGGCCUGACCUUGAUGACGGACGGCACGACAACGACCAGCAACAGGCCGACGAUUCGGGGGCUGUUAUGAGAGGUUAUUCUGCAAGGCAGGGAGAUCACAACCUUCGUCAAGAGACACCAGCGGGCGUUGGCAAUGUUCCGUAAGAGCGGGAGAGAGUACAGGACCCAGUUGGGCAUCAAAGAUGGGAGGCCGUUGGAGUUGAUUCAGCCAGGAGAGACUAGAUUCGGCACAAACUUCCUCAUGCUGCAGCGACUUCGAGAGUGUGAGCCGGUGUUGCUAUCAACUGUUUCAAACCCGAGGUGGGAUGACUCUCCAUGGGACAAGGCAGCAGCGACCAGGGCGCGGACGUGCAAGGAGCUGAUAAGAGACCCGGCUUGGUGGUCGACCGUCGACCGGGCAUGCACCAUGCUUGAGCCAGUGUAUGCCCUUAUGAGGAACAUGGACAGCGACGGGAGGAUGGGAAUGCAGGUGUGGUCUUUAGGGAUCACGUUGGAGAAGAGAAUGGCCGCGAUACCGAUGGACAGCGAGACAAGGGGCAUCGUGGUGAAGAAAGUGAAAGACCGCGUGCGAAUGAUGGCUCUACCUGUGCAUGCGGCGGCGUGGAUGUUGCACCCGCUGCACAGAUCGCCUCGACUCUUCGACGACAUGGCGUCCGAAGAGAUUGCGAACACUCUGGCUCACUUCGCUUCGGUUCAUCUGAAGGGCUCGAAGGAGUACAAAGAGUGCUGGAUCUCCCUCAGGAGUUUUCAUCACAUGGCUCCAGAGUGGAUUGGCCCCAACUCCGAGGAGGCUUUGACGGGCGGUCACGUGAACAUGGCGCAAUGGUGGUUGACGUACGGGAAAAGGCACCCAACCCUGAUGAAGAUCGCCGUCAAAGUGUUGAGCAUGUGGACCACUGCCUCUCCAUGUGAGAGGAAUUGGUCCACGUUCGAUCUUGUCCACACCAAGAGGAGGAAUCUCUUGAGCCCGGAGAAUUUGGAGAUGUUGGUGUUCAUCCACUGGAACAGGAAGUUAUUGCGCAUGUCGAAGGCGAAGACGGGGUUUGUGAACACCGAGCGGCUGGAGUGGGAGACACCCGAGGACGAGGCACCAUUCGAUGGCUUCAUGCGAGAAGGGGAGUACGACCCCGCGGAGGUGCGUAGGAGGGCGGCCAACUGGUCGAAAUCUCGUGGCCGCAGAUCGAGAACCACGCUAUUCGACGUGCGGGAGAUUCAGGAGGAGAGGGAUGACGACGGGGCAUGGUUACUUGAUGUUUCGUACCGCCCUCGCAGAGUCGCUGUCCAUGAGCGUGGGAAGGUUGUCGUGGAUGAUUACGACGAGGAGGACGAAGGCGGCGACAGCGACGGCGACGCGGAGUUGCUCGACGUGCCUCUAACGGACAAGCGGUUCACUCGGAGGUCGGGCGUUGGGUCAUCCUCCACGAUGGAUGGCACCAGCACACCCGCCGACGCGCAGCACACCCCUCUCCCACGAGCCGCGGUGGAGGAGACGGCCACACACCGGGGGAUGACAGGCGGGGGAUCCAGGGAUGCUGAUGUUGGCAGCGCAGCUGCGAGGGUCGUUCAAGACUUUGGUGUGUCUGUGGACGCUCCCGUUCCCGGUCAUGCGGAACACGAGGACGAGCUUCAUGACGCAGCGAACGACAGCCAGUCUGCCGGCGACAAUGCUUUCUCCACUCCCUACCCUGGGUUGCCGCUGGGGGAGAGUUUCGCCUCCCUGUUGCACCACGUUGCACCAAUUGCUGCAAGAGGCUCGAAGACGGAAUUCAAGAAACAUCUGGCUGCCAUGUCCCCCAUGAGGAGUGAUUCCGGGGGGCAGACUCCCGAUUGGGCCAGAUUCACAGGACCGACUCCUCCCGCUUUGCUGUUGAGUGAGGACAUCCGCACGAACGCGGACGGGUCGCGGGUCAUGGUGGACAGGACAACGACCGAAGUGGACGAGGAUGGAGGACCCGACCGCCCGCAUGCUGCAGCCACACAACAUGAGGCGGAGUCACCGCCCGAAAUUGACGCCAGCAAGGUGCGUCAAGUCCGGAGUUUGGCAGGSAGAAAGAAAGGAGGGAAGAACAAGCCAAAGGUGCCAUCUGGACCGGUCACACGCGGGGGACGAGGCGGGGCAMGCAAGACARUCACACCGYCGACGUCCUUGCAAGAAAAACGUGCGGUUGUUCGGCAGGCGAAGAAGAGGAAGGCAGAGAAAGUUUCAAAGAAGGUCGCUGCAGCCUCCCGGUCGCCGAGAAGAGAUUCGAAGAGGAGGAGGAAGUGCGUGCAAGAGGACGACAACUCCGAAAGCAGCAGCGCGUCAUCGUCAUCGUCGAGUGACAUGUCAUCGUCGAGCGACGCGUCAUCGUCAAGUGCCGCAUCAUCGUCGAGUGACGCAUACGACUUCGCAUUCAUUGAUGCAGACAAGAAGAACUACAUCAACUACUAUGAGCUCUUACUGCAACUAGUACGGCCAGGAGGUCUCAUAGUCGUCGACAAUGUUCUGUGGUAUGGAGAAGUGGCUAAUUCUUUGGCUGACAGUGAGAUAACAACAGCUAUCAGAGAGUUCAAUUCUUAUGUGCUCAACGAUAAUCGAGUGUCCAUGACAAUGCUCACAGUCAGCGACGGUGUAGUGCUUCUGCAAAAGCACCAUACAGAGGUUGCAUGAUGCUUGAGCCAGUUAAGAGGUGGUUUCAAAUUAAAGGUGGUUUACGGCUAGGCUGCUAGCUCUACAUGUUAUUCCUCGAGACUUAACGAUCUGAAAUUUAGAAUCUCUAAAGCAAUGAACAGAGGAGCUGCACGGGACGUAUGACUGCGUAUCUCCCAUGGCCCGCUCUGUCCCUUUGCUUUCUGCCAUGCCCUAUCAUGUAUUUGGAGAACCCUACAGGGUUUCCACAGAGAGGGGUCUCCAGCUCAAGGCUAAGACCAUGGGAAGAUCUGGCCCGGAGUGAUGGCCAGCAACACGAUCCUUGCACUAAGGACAACCUUAUAGCAGAAAGUCGAUCCAGGGUCCCGCCAAUGCACCAACCUUCAUUCUUGAGUCAGUGCAGGGUCCCGCCUAUGCACGAACCUUCCUUCUCGAGUCAUCUUGCCACUCUUCUCGAGUUCGACGCAAAAAUAUGGCCUCGUUCCAUGCUGUAUUAGGCAUGUGCUAUGAGCCUCCUUCGAUGCUGUACUAGGUAUGUGUUAUCGUUGUGUCCACAACAUUUCUCCUUGACUCAUCUUGCCACUCGCCUUUUUGUUGCCUUAAGGAUCUUUAUCCUUUAUCUUACUGUUUCAAGGAAGGCUUCUUAUUGUUUCCUGGAAGCUCUGUUUUUAUUUCCGGGCAGGUGUCUUUUCACAACCUGGACAGCCGCCACCACUACAUCUGGACCUGAUGUCGCAAGCCAAAGAAGGUGCUAUGAGCUGGAAGGGCUGCCAGACUAGGACACUAGGUUGAUGCUGUUGCACCCAUAUCUGACAAUAGGGAGAAUGAUAGAGUUGGCAGGAGAUGCAAAAAAUAUCUAAUUGGUUGAACAGCAGCAGCCGCAGGGAAUUUUAUGUCAAAGGGAGGUUACUUGUAAGGAUGUCAUUUUCCUCAGUACAGGCUUCACAUGUUCCUAACUUCCUGCUGACUUCCCCUCCUCAGGGUUGAUUGACCAUGCACAUGCGCAAGAGUGUGUGUGUGUGUGUGUGUGUGUGUGUGUGUGUGUGUGAACACAUAUUGCGGACGCCUCAGUACGUAACAAAUACGCACUUCAAUC